AUGGCUGGAUCUGGCGGAGGAGAGCUUCGCGCUUCGAUAUUCAACGGAGAGAACUUCGAUUUCUGGCAAAUUCGAAUGAAAACAAUUUUCCGAUCUCACGAGCUGUGGAGCAUUGUUGAGAUGGGUUAUCUACCUCCAGCGAAGGAUGCGAGGGCUCUUGGAAUCAUUCAAGGAAUAGUGUCGGAUCAAAAUUUUCCACGGAUUGCAACUCUAGAAACUGUGAAGGCAGAUUGGGAUAUUCUGAAGCAAGAAUUUGUAGGAGAUAAACGGGUACGAUCUGUGAAAGUACAAGGUCUUCGUUGUGAUUUUGAGUAUACUCGUAUGGGUGAAAGUGAAUCUCUAGCUACAUAUUUAGCUAGGUUGUUUGAUUUGAUAAAUCAAAUGAAAAGUUAUGGUGAAGAUCUUAGUAAUCAAAGAAUUGUGCAAAAGUUGUUGAUCAGUUUACCUAAAUCAUAUGAUAGUAUUGCUUCUGUUAUUGAAAAUACUAAAGAUAUUGAUGUAAUUGAUGCACAAGAUGUGGUUGCCAUUCUGAAAGGGUAUGAACUGAGAUUAACUAGACAUGAAGAGAAUAGCACUGAACGUGCAUUUUCUAGCUUAGAUAUUUCAUCUAAGAACAGUAAAGUUGGUAAUCAGUUUACCAAUACUGGUGGAUCAAAAUCUCAGAAGAAUUUCAAGUUCAAAGGGAAGCAGUGGACUAACAAGUUUACUCCAGGAGUGAGAAAUGAAACUAAUAACACUGGAGGUGCUUGUAAAUACUGUGAUAGACUUCACUAUGGAGAAUGUUGGCUGAAAGGGAGGAUUCAAUGUCACAAGUGUGGAAACUUGGGCAUAUUGCCAGGGUUUGCAAUCUUAACAAGAAUAUUCAGCAAGGAAACUUUGUGA